CAGCGCCAGGUUUUAAAGCCAUCUCUAAUCUAUCGCAACCAUACCUCAGUGAUCGCACCGCAGAAUGAAGUAGCUAGUGGGAAUAGAAACACUAUGGCUGCCAGUCUCUCCCUGACUCAGGUAACCAUGUAUUUUAACUCAAAACUAAUUGUGAUUAGUGUGUAGGUGUCUUCUUGUUGUGCCAAUUAAUUUGAGGACUGUCGGUGGAUUUUGACAUUAAAACGGGUGUGCCCCGCGGUCUCUUUAACUCUUUGAUUUGGAAGUUCUUCCCAACCUAGCUAGCUAGCUAUGACUGGGAAAAGUUUUGCCUCGUCUCUUGGGGACUGCAUAAGUAAGGGCGUAGUUAGCUAGCUAGGCUAACAGUAGCUACUUGUGUAGUGUCAAUUUCGGAAUGGGUUGGAUAAGUUGUUAGCUAGCUAGCUAGAACUUUUGCGUACAGUAAAGUAGUUUGUUUCUUUUGAUUCUAUUAACUUAAUUGCCUUUGCUGAAUCUUGAAAUAAAAGUACUGUCGAUAAGAAAAAAGUGAAUUUGCUGUUCCCCAUGGUGUUGUUCGACUGUCAAAAUUGCUUUGCAAUAGGAACGUUAGCUAGCUAACUAAUGAUACCAGUUUGCACUCAAAGUAGUAUGCUGUGUGAACUAGUCAGCUAGCUAGCCAGUUUAGUAAAGCUAGCUAGCUUAGCAAAGCUAGCUAGUCAGUUAGUUAGCAACAUAGAGUUGGCUAGAUAGCUGCAACCCACUUUAGCUACUCGCUGGGUUAGUUAACGUUAUUGUAUUGGGUAGGGGAUAUAAAGUCAGCGUUAUGUAGCUAACUAGCUAUCCAGUUGUAAUAGUUUGCAUUGUCAGUUUAGAUUUUUUUUAAUUAAAUUUGUUAGCUUCCUAUCAUCACAGCUAGCUAGUGAGAAGAGGAACUAGCUGCCCGUUGUCCGAUAUGAUACCUCUGCCACACACUGGCCAGCUAUGCUGCAGACCUAUGUUUUGGUUAUCAUAUUGACAUUUAGGAUAGGUUGUAUGGCUUAUAAAUUGUGAGUGUGGAAAUUAUUUGCCAGUGUUGUAUUGCUAUUAGCUAAAUUUACUAGUUUAGCCAACAUCCUGACUAUGGUCAAGGACUGUCAUCUGAUGAUAUUGUUAUUCUCAGCUAACUACAUAUUUUGACUGAAUCAUGCUUGCUUUAGCUAUACAUGUUACUAACUAGCUAUGUAAUUAUGCAAUGAUUCAUAUCUUUGUCUUAUGGAUUUUACAAUUUCUCACUAUAUGCAGUGACAUGUUCUUUACCUAGGCUAAGCUAUAACUGACCAAAAUGUGGAGUUUAGUCAGCUAACCAAAAGAUUGGGGCUGUUAGCUACACUUUGUGCAAUUUCUUGGCAGCUAGUUUCUUUUAUGCCUGUUAUGUUAGGUUACUAGACAGCAGGGCUGUGCAGAGGAAGAUAAGGGAUAGGACAAUAAAGUACUCAAGACACACCAGCACAGUAUAGUAUCUGCUGCGGUUUUGUGAAGAGAAUGAUUGGGAGUGUUCACUGCUGUGCAAUUAGUCACACAAAGAUUGUGUUUAGGCCGCCAACACUUCCAGUCACACAAUUGUUUGCAAAAGAAAAUGGGGAGGGGAGGGCUGGGGAAAGGUAAAUAGUGAAUAAUUAUCAGAUUAUGAAUUGACUAUUAAAGUAUGAGGCAAUGUCAUUAUGUGCUUUUCAAUGAGCUAGAUCUAUAUGUUUUAUAAAGCCUUUAUAAUCAUCAUAUGCUAUUGUAAAGUUGCACUUUGUUCAAAUUUGACAUUAACAUUUGAUUUAGUAAAAGUACAGAGAAGAGCAUGUCCAAUAUUGAGCCUAUUCACAGAAACAGCUCUUACUGGUACAACACUCUCAUUGUGGAUGCAUCAUCAGAAACCACAGGAAGUAAAUAUCAGGAAGUCCAGCUCAUCAGCAGACUAUACCCCCCACCCAUCCCUUUAUUACAUUACUUGAGAGGAGCCAUUUGUACUAGAACAGUAAACAAGAUGCUAUAGUGCCUGUCUCGUUUAUAUUAUCAUAGGCAGAUGACUGUCUUCUCCUGAUCUGAUUGUAUACAUAGGCUAGGCUAUUUGUUUGAUUCAUUGUGUAAAAUAUGUGCUAGUGUAGGCUACUUCGUUUAGCCUGUUCGUUGGACUAAGCUUUCUACUUUUCAAACAACUUGGUUUCCAGAGGCACACACAGUACUGAUGUACACAUUGCCAGCCUGUGGAUGUAUUAGCCUAAAUGGCAUUCAAACACUGUCUUGGUAUUUCAUGAAAGAGUAACUGGAAUAGACACACUGAGUAAUAACUAUUAAGAUGAACAUGAUGGGACUGGAUAAGAGCGUCUGCUAAAUGACGUAAAUGUAAAUGCGAAAUGCUCAGAGUAAACCUAUUGAUUUCCUGAAGAGUAAAUAUUCCUGUCUGUAGUGUAUUUGCCUUAAUUUUUGGCAGCUGUAAUGGCAAUGUACUACAGCUUUGGCCAGAAGUCAAACAACCACUUGUGGAUCUCAGCUAGUUGGUCUACUGUGAGUGUACUGUGUUCUAGACAGUGGACUGGUUAUUUAACUAGCUGAUGCUUGCACAGAUUGAGAUGUAGGCUUAGACCUAGCUUUAUUUAACGGCUUAUCUUUUUCUAUUCAGAAGUCCUAUCCUAUGCUUUCUAGCUUUUGCAGUUUGGUUGAUGUUGGCGGUUUUUAUGAUCAGAAAAUGUAUGUAGUAUUUUAUGUCUAUCUCCACAGCUCUCAAGUGGAAAUCCUGUCUAUGAAAAAUACUAUCAACAGGUAAGGGGUCUUUUUCUGAUUUAUUAUUGUGAAAAGCCUAUGGGCAGAUUCCAUGAUUUACUAAAGCAGGUAGUACCUAGGUUUUAAGCUGAGUAAAAGAGAAUCUGUCCUUUCGAUGGUCUGUCAGGGCUGUUCAGAUGAGGACACCAGAUAGAAUUGGAAAUGCUGUUCCGCAUUAGCUAGCAACUGCAGAGCUGCGCUGAACAUGUCUCCAGGCUUUUCUCCACUCUGUGAUCUACUCUGUGCUAGAGGAAGCUUCUUUAUGAAUUAAUGAUAACUAUUUGCUAACCCUGGCAGUGCAGGCUCUAAGAGGGCUAAGUAAAAUGGUUAGACACUGCAAUGGGAAAAUGUGAUGGAUUAAGGCCUCCCAUGAUCUCAAAGUAUUAGCCUAUACUCAAGCGUACCUGUUUAUUCAAUGGAAUGGAAUCUUAUUUGGUGCUAAAUCAGCACAAACUGGCUGGAGAUCUGGUGCUUUUACUGGCUAGUUCUUCUUUCUAGUGUUUACUUGUUUUGCCCGGUGGUGUAGGUUGACCCGUCUGGUAGUGGACGGGUGGCAGCUGCUGAUGCAGCCUUGUUCCUGAAGAGAUCAGGCCUAGCAGACCUCGUCCUGGGCAAGGUAAGAUAAGAGGACACAGCUCAUGGCCAGACAUCAAGCUAUGGAACUUAUCCAGUAUGGUAGUUUGUGGGAAUCUCUGUGUGACUGAUGUCAUUUAACUGAUUUAAAAAUCUCUUCUUAGAUCUGGGAUUUGGCAGAUUCAGAACGCAAGGGGUGCCUUAACAAACAGGUAGGCCAACUUUUAGGUAGUAGAUUUCCAAUGUCAUGUUAGAAGUAUUCCAAAGAUUCCUUGAAUGAAGUAAGGUUUAUGACAUAACCACAAUAUACUUAUUGUCUCUGCUCCCAUCAGCAAUUCUUCAUUGCUCUCCGGUUGGUGGCCUGUGCCCAAAAUGGACUGGAGGUGGCACUCAAGAGUCUCAGUUUGGCAGCCCCCCCCCCAAAGUUUGUGAGUACAAUCAUCACUGACACCAAGACGAAAACCUGCCAACUUUAUCAUGCUGACAACUUUUUACUGCCUUUUCCUUAUAUCUGAAAGGUAUUGCUGGUAACAAAGCCUGUACUUUCGUUUGCACCAACUGCCUCAGUAUAAAACAUCGCCUUUCAUCUUACCGGCUUUGGCACGCAUUAAAUCUUGAAAGUUCUAUUAUUGUCCGACAUCAAACUUGUCCUCGUUAAUCACAAAGCUUCACAGAAAUGCUUUUAAUGCAUUUAUUCUCUCAAUUUAAAUGUGUGUGUGUGUAUAUAUAUAUACUGAACAAAAAUAUAAACCCAACAUGUAAAGUGGUGGUCCCAUGUUUCAGGAGCAGAAAUAAAGAUCCCAGAUAUGUUCCAUACGCACAAAAAGCUUAUUUGUCUCAAAUUUUGUGCACAAACAUCCCUGUUAGUGAGCAUUUCUCCUUUGCCAAGAUAAUCCAUCCACCUGACAGGUGUGGCAUAUCAAGAAGCUGAUUAAACAGCAUGAUCAUUACACAGGUGCACCUUGUGCUGUGGACAAACAAAUAUGAAAAUGAAUGCACUCACUACUGUAAGUCGCUCUGGAUAAGAGCAUCUGCUAAGUGACUAAAAUGUAAAAAUAGGACAAUAAAAGGCCACUCUAAAAUGUGCUGUUUUGUCACACAACACAAUGCCACAUAUGUCUCAAGUUUUGAGGGAGUGUGAAAUUGGCAUGCUGACUGCAGGAAUGUCCACCAGAGCUGUUGCCAGAUAAUUAAAUGUUCAUUUCCCUACCAUAAGCCGCCUCCAACAUCGUUUUAGAGAAUUUGGUAGUACGUCCAACCGGCAUCACAACCGCAGACCACGUGUAACAACGCCAGCCCAGGACCUCCACAUCAGGCUUCUUCACCUGUGGGAUCGUCUGAGACCAGCCACCCAGACAGCUGAUGAAACUGUGGGUUUGCACAAUCGAAGAAUUUCUGCACAAACUGUCAGAAACUGUCUCAGGGAAUUAUCCUUAAUAUAAAAUAUGUGUGUUGACUGUGAUCAGGGCAUGGGAAUGUAAAUGUAGUGUCUGUUUAAUAAACUAAAUAACGUGCAAUUGAUUUCAUUUGCAUGGCACAGCCAUGUCGCCUAUAGGCUGCACAGACAAGUAACAUCAUUAAACUCAAAAUAUGCUAUUCUAUUCUUUUGAAAAUAAAUGUUCUUAGUCUUAAUGUUUCUUAAGACCUGCCUAAAUGACUUCAUAAUUUAUUUAUUUGUGUUGGUGUAUAUUCAAGGGAUUUAUUCAAAUAGACACCUACCCGCAUUGGCACACUCCUACUCCCACUCCUCACCGGUGGCGGCAUGCGCAUGGGAUGUGUAAAAGGCUUAUACAUUUACAUUUUAGUAAUUUAGCAGAAGCCUUAUUCCGGCAAGAAUGUUGUAAAAAUGGGACUGUUUGAAAGGGGAUCAUGUAAACAUUGGCCGAAUUUUUUUUUUUUGUAAAAAAUAUUUUUAUUUUAUUAUUAUUUUUACAGGCAGCAUACUGUAAAUCCUGUAUGUAAUAAGCAAAUGUUUGGUUUAUAAGCCAAGUUUAUACGUUUAUGGGCUUUGAGCUGAAAAGGUCACCUUUGUUGAUGAUGCAACGCCUUUUCUCCUCAGCAUGACACAAGCAGCCCACUUCUACCUGGGGGAGUGUCCAUUGAUGGCCCAUGGGUGGUCAAGGUGAGGGGAACUUAUUACUAUUUCUUUAAGAGUGUAGCCUGGUCAUUUUGUCCUGUUCCCUUUAUAAUGAAAGCAGAAACAAAGAGUGGAUGACACAUUUUAUUUGAACAUUUACCUCAUUCAAAUCCAUUUUUCAAAGCCAUUUAAGGGGAGUGCUGAACUUCGCAAAAUCCACCUGAUUACUUUUAUCUGAAGUAGAAAUUAUGCUUGAAUCAUGCACCUAUAUCAUGUCUCUAUAUGACUUUCCAGACGGAAGAGAAGCUGAAAUUUGAUGCCAUCUUCGACAGCCUCUCCCCCGUUAGUGGCAUGCUCUCUGGGGAGAAGGUCAAACCAGUUUUGCUGAACUCUAAACUUCCAGUGGACGUACUGGGAAGGGUAAGCAGCAUAUCAUAUCUACAGGGCUCAUAAUUAAUUAGUUUUGGUGGCCAUCAGAGUAAAUGCGUAUGCCCAGUUGUCCACUGGGUGGUGGUCUUGUGUUUUUAAACACAGCCGCUGCUUUUAAAAGGCUUGACUGGGUUGUUAUUUGUGACAUAACAUUGAUCUGCUUUUAGUCUACGACUGGUCUAUUUUACCGACUAGAUAAAUGUUUUGAACUCAUUGCUAAAUGUACUGAAUUCCCUAAAUGUUGCAGGUAUGGGAACUGAGUGACCUAGACAGAGAUGGUAUGCUCGACCGAGAUGAGUUUGCUGUGGUAAGGAAUAUAUUUAUCAUUAAAGUGGAAAGGAAUGAGGAAAGUCAUGCAGUAGAAAUGUAGUCUGUCAAUAACAGCCAACUUGUUUUUAUAUAUAUAUAUAUAUAUAUAUAUAUAUAUUUAUUACACUGCCCUUGAUGAGCCCAUGUUCUGGAUAGCCUUCUCCAGCUUUUAUUUAUAUUUCAUCAAUAUUUGUUUGCACUCAUGUACACUUGGCUUCAAGGUGUCCUUGCUUUCUAUCAAGGAUCCUGUAUCUCAAAAUGGAGCACUGUUUGAAUCAGGGUUGCGCUAUAUUUGAAGUUCUCACAUUUAAUGAACGCAUGCACUUAUGUAAUGGCCAGAUGCUUGCUGUCAAAUCUUUAGGAUGUGGCAAGGCUGAAAUGUGGACUGUAAGAUUUAGUGUGUGCUUCUCAAAUAAAAUACUUUUUUUGUAAAUAUUGGACUUCCCUGAUCUUAUAUUGAAAUGACAUGAUAGGCAGAUUUAUGUAUGUGUAUUUAUGUCUGUUCUGCUCUAUUAGGCCAUGUACCUGGUCUACAGAGCUCUGGAGGGGGAGCCCGUGCCCAUGUCUCUACCUGCUCCUCUAGUGCCCCCCUCCAAGAGGAAAAAGCCCACUGUCUCUGUACCCCCUGUGAUGCCCCUUUUACCCUCACCCCCCUCCAUCAAAGAGAGCCGUUCCUCCCUUUCAGGGUCCAAAACCCUGCCCUCCAAACCAGCAGUGACCCCAGUCACAGUGAGUAUAAUAUUCAUCCCAGUAUGAAGGUAUGAAAGUGGGACGGCAAGACCUAAUCCAUAUCUCUAUAACCAUCCUGUCCCCUCUGUCUCUUCAGUGGGCUGUAUCUCCUCCAGACAAAGCCAAGUAUGACGAGGUGUUUGCAAAGACAGCUCUUGACGUGGAUGGGCUGGUGUCUGGGCCUGAAGUCAGAGAUAUCUUCUUAAAGACUGGCUUGCCCUCUGCCACACUAGCACACAUCUGGUAAGAUUCAGGGAACAGUUUCUUAGAUAACAUGGGGUGCCUGGCUGCCUGCACUUGAAUUUACUAAUGUAACAUGGACAUUGGUUAUACAGGGCUGCUUUCUGGACCCUGAGUAAGCCAAUUCCUGGCCUAAAAAUAAGAAGAUUUUCCAUUGAGCAGGUCUAGCCUUCAUAUGGGUCUGUGAAACCGGCCCAUAGUUUUAGUCAAUUUUAUGCCCAUUGCCGGAAGGGUAAAUGGAUCUUUUAGUUGUGUAAUGUGGUCAACUGUGUUCCACAGGGAGCUCUGUGACAUUGGGGACAUGGGGAAGCUAACCAGGGAACAGUUUGCGCUAGCGCUGCAUCUAAUUAACCAGAAACUGACCAAGGGUGUGGACCCACCCCAGAACCUCUCUCCUGAAAUGAUCCCUCCCUCAGACAGACUGAGCCUAGCAGCCACGCAGGUAACUCAUUCCUAUCAUCCUGUACCAUUUAACCCCCUCUUAGACAUCCAAUAAUCACAAACUGUGAAUAUCUUGUUUGAAUCGGGUGUAUUUCUCUAUAAAGAAUGACUAGGAGUUGUGUAUUUUGAUGAAUAGGCUACUUGAUGGUGAUGUAGAUUUGAAAACUGAUAUUUCCUGACGUUUUACUAAUCGUUUCCUUCCCUUCUCCUGUGGUGUGGGUUUUUGUGUUCUAGCUUGCUGCUGUGUCUCUGACCCUGUCUGUGUAUGCUGUCUCUUUGCGUUCUUCCUCAUGACUCAUGCAUUGUACACAAGGUGGGAUCUCCCUCUAGCUGGGGACUCCUGAGUGUUAGCUUCACUGUGUCUCCCGCUUAACCCCUGGCAGUGUCACCCACCCAUGUACCUACCCCUUCCUACCCUUUGUUUUUCUCCUAGUUCAAGUAGUCAUUUUAGUGCCCUCCUUAUCCAUCUGUGUUUGCAUGUAGAUGUGCUUUCAGUGUUCAUGCAUUUCUUAAUCUCCCAUCUUGUAUGGGUAAUUUUGUGCAUCUUAUAUAUUCAGCAAAAUGGGUUUGAUUUAACUGGCGAGAUUAAAUCAGUUGCCAUUUUAGCUGGAGGCUCAUAUUUACGUUAUUCCACGUCGUGUUUGCCAUUCUGUCAAUUUAAUGUUUAGACAUUGUGUAUAUGUUGUAGGGUCAGUAAAGCGCGUGAAUGUAAACAAAUCGUUUGCUUUGAAUGAUCUCUCCCCACCAGAGCAACGCAGCAAAUCUGGCAGCAGACUUUUCUGCCAUCAAGGAACUGGACUCACUCAGCAAUGAGAUUGUCGACCUACAAAGGUGAGUGGCAAUCAUCAGAGUUGCAGGGCUCUACGCUGACCAAGGAGCAUGUGUCAUUUGAGGUAAUAAAGCUAGAAUCCUUAAUUUUUCAAGGCCCACUGGUGCUCCUAAAUAAACAUUCUAGGUCGCACAGCAAAAUAUUUAGACGCAUAUCCUUGUAAAAUGAUCACACUGUAGAGCGCUAAGUUGUAUUCGUCCAUGUACCCAAUUGUAUUUGAGAGAUGGGUUAGCUCUGGCUUUUUGUUGGUGUGUUGGAGCAAAUACAGUGGGGAAAAAAAGUAUUUAGUCAGCCACCAAUUGUGCAAGUUCUCCCACUUAAAAAGAUGAAAGAGGCCUGUAAUUUUCAUCAUAGGUACACGUCAACUAUGACAGACAAAUUGAGAUUUUUUUUUCCAGAAAAUCACAUUGUAGGAUUUUUUAUGAAUUUAUUUGCAAAUUAUGGUGGAAAAUAAGUAUUUGGUCACCUACAAACAAGCAAGAUUUCUGGCUCUCACAGACCUGUAACUUCUUCUUUAAGAGGCUCCUCUGUUCUCCACUCGUUACCUGUAUUAAUGGCACCUGUUUGAACUUGUUAUCAGUAUAAAAGACACCUGUCCACAACCUCAAACAGUCACACUCCAAACUCCACUAUGGCCAAGACCAAAGAGCUGUCAAAGGACACCAGAAACAAAAUUGUAGACCUGCACCAGGCUGGGAAGACUGAAUCUGCAAUAGGUAAGCAGCUUGGUUUGAAGAAAUCAACUGUGGGAGCAAUUAUUAGGAAAUGGAAGACAUACAAGACCACUGAUAAUCUCCCUCGAUCUGGGGCUCCACGCAAGAUCUCACCCUGUGGGGUCAAAAUGAUCACAAGAACGAUGAGCAAAAAUCCCAGAACCACAUGGGGGGACGUAGUGAAUGACAUGCAGAGAGCUGGGACCAAAGUAACAAAGCCUACCAUCAGUAACACACUACGCCGCCAGGGACUCAAAUCCUGCAGUGCCAGACGUGUCCCCCUGCUUAAGCCAGUACAUGUCCAGGCCCGUCUGAAGUUUGCUAGAGUGCAUUUGGAUGAUCCAGAAGAGGAUUGGGAGAAUGUCAUAUGGUCAGAUGAAACCAAAAUAGAACUUUUUGGUAAAAACUCAACUCGUCGUGUUUGGAGGACAAAGAAUGCCGAGUUGCAUCCAAAGAACACCAUACCUACUGUGAAGCAUGGGGGUGGAAACAUCAUGCUUUGGGGCUGUUUUUCUGCAAAGGGACCAGGAUGACUGAUCCGUGUAAAGGAAAGAAUGAAUGGGGCCAUGUAUCGUGAGAUUUUGAGUGAAAACCUCCUUCCAUCAGCAAGGGCAUUGAAGAUGAAACGUGGCUGGGUCUUUCAGCAUGACAAUGAUCCCAAACACACCGCCCGGGCAACGAAGGAGUGGCUUCGUAAGAAGCAUUUCAAGGUCCUGGAGUGGCCUAGCCAGUCUCCAGAUCUCAACCCCAUAGAAAAUCUUUGGAGGGAGUUGAAAGUCUGUGUUGCCCAGCGACAGCCCCAAAACAUCACUGCUCUAGAGGAGAUCUGCAUGGAGGAAUGGGCCAAAAUACCAGCAACAGUGUGUGAAAACCUUGUGAAGACUUACAGAAAACGUUUGACCUGUGUCAUUGCCAACAAAGGGUAUAUAACAAAGUAUUGAGAAACUUUUGUUAUUGACCAAAUACUUAUUUUCCACCAUAAUUUGCAAAUAAAUUCAUUAAAAAUCCUACAAUGUGAUUUUCUGGAAAAAAAAUUCUCAUUUUGUCUGUCAUAGUUGACGUGUACCUCUGAUGAAAAUUACAGGCCUCUCUCAUCUUUUUAAGUGGGAGAACUUGCACAAUUGGUGGCUGACUAAAUACUUUUCCCCCCCACUGUAACUACCCCUCUCUGAAGUAGGCCUCGCUUUGUCUCACCACAUUGGACUAUUUCUGGCAAUACACGGUACAGUUGUAAUGGUGUAAGUGGAAUCUUGUCUAAAGAGACCCACACACACGUUCCUGUUGAGGUGUGUUUUGCUGUCUAAUGCCAGAGCAGAUGGGGGGAGAUGGGAGGCUUACCAGCUGUCCUGGGACUGGGAGGCUGAGUGAGGAAGGAGAGAAGAGGGUCUCCAGAGGUUCGGUCUCUCUGUCUCUGUCUCUCUCUCUCGGUCUCUCUCGGUCUCUCUCGGUCUCUCGGUCUCUCUCUCUCUCUCUCUCUCUCUCUCUCGGUCUCUCUCUCUCUCGGUCUCUCUCUCUCUCUGAUGAGGGCUGACGGGGCAUUUGGGGAUGCUGGGAGGGUUGGUAACGCAGCUCAUUAAGACUAACACUGGGAUAGGCUUUUCCCUCUCUGUUUGAAUUGAGGAAGUGCAGACCAUCUUUUAUCAGCUGCAUACACAUCCCAUAGCUGCCCCACUACAGACAUAACAGCAGCAAGAUCACAGGGGAAAUGAAAUGGGUUUCUUUACAGUUUGUUGUUGUUACACUUCCCUUUUCUGGUAAGGAAAGAGUGAGAAAAUAAGUGUGAAAGUAGUAGUCUUAAUCAGUAUCUGCAUAGCAGCUGUACGUUUUGAAGUUUAUUAGGCAAGAUUAGGAGAAAAUGAGAAGGAUUUUAGAUUCAGAUUGAGGAUAGGACAGGAAGCAGCAAAUAUGUUUGUUUUUCGGUAUUGCUGUAAGUGUCAACGACAAGUUGCUGCUGUCCCUGGAGGAAGGUAAGCAUGCGCUACCCUUUUGGAGGGGCCAUGGAGGAAGGUAAGCAUGCGCUACCCUUUUGGAGGGGCCAUGGAGGAAGGGAAGCAUGCGCUACCCUUUUGGAGGGGCCAUGGAGGAAGGGAAGCAUGCGCUACCCUUUUGGAGGGGCCAUGGAGGAAGGGAAGCAUGCGCUACCCUUUUGGAGGGGCCAUGGAGGAAGGGAAGCAUGCGCUACCCUUUUGGAGGGGCCAUGGAGGAAGGGAAGCAUGCGCUACCCUUUUGGAGGGGCCAUGGAGUAAGCGGUGUAUUCUUCAGCUGAGAGCAAGAGGGGUGAGGGUGUCAUAGAUUUAGACUGGCUGUCUGAAACCAGAAUUCUGUUAUUUUGGGCUGUUAAAUUGGGAGAGAUGCUCCUAGGUGCAUGGGAUGUCUACAGAAGUCGUUUCUGGAUAGUUGCCAGUCAGGGCAUCUAAAUUAUACAGUCAGUGAAGUCGGUACUCCUGACUCGCACAUCUCCUACCUCACUUCAGCUUCUCGCUCCACUGGUCCUACACCAUGUCUCUACAUGUUUGGCUGUUGGUUGAAACGAAAGGCGGACAGAUGAAUUCUUCAUGUUGAUCAAAACAACAUUAUUAUGAAUUAUAUUUGAUUAAUGUGAACUGUGGAAAUGCGAAUGGAAAAAACAUACUUGGCAUUUUUUCAUUGUUUGAGUGAAUAAUUUUUUACGUUUACUAUUCUAUUGGCCAGCCUUUUGGCACAUUUGAUGUUCUACCUUGCUAAAUGAAUGGCAUUGUUAUUGCCAUUUGAUAAAGAUCCAGGAGAAAGAUUUGGACUUGGUAGGGAGAGCAGAUUAUCCGAAGAGGCCCCGCCUAUUGUGCAAAUGUUCCCACUUACAAUGAGGGGAAAAAAGUAUUUGAUCCCCUGCUGAUUUUGUACAUUUGCCCACUGACAAAGAAAUUAUCAGUCUAUAAUUUUUAUGGUAGGUUUAUUUGAACAGUGAUAGACAGAAAUGUUAUACAUUGAUUUGCAUUUUAAUGAAGGAAAUAAGUAUUUGAUCCCUCUGCAAAACAUGACUUAGUACUUGGUGGCAAAACCCUUGUUGGCAAUCACAGAGGUCAGAAGUUUCUUGUAGUUGGCCACCAGGUUUGCACACAUCUCAGGAGGGAUUUUGUCCCACUCCUCUUUGCAGAUCUUCUGCAAGUCAUUAAGGUUUCGAGGCUGACGUUUGGCAACUUGAACCUUCAGCUCCCUCCACAGAUUUUCUAUGGGAUUAAGGUCUGGAGACUGGCUAGGCCACUCCAGGACCUUAAUGUGCUUCUUCUUGAGCCACUCCUUUGUUGCCUUGGCCAUGUGUUUUGGGUCAUUGUCAUGCUGGAAUACCCAUCCACGACCCAUUUUCAAUGCCCUGGCUGAGGGAAGGAGGUUCUCACCCAAGAUUUGACAGGUACAUGGCCCCGUCCAUCGUCCCUUUGAUGCGGUGAAGUUGUCCUGUCCCCUUAGCAGAAAAACACCCCCAAAGCAUAAUGUUUCCACCUCCAUGUUUGACGGUGGGGAUGGUGUUCUUGGGGUCAUAGGCAGCAUUCCUCCUCCUCCAAACAUGGCGAGUUGAGUUGAUGCCAAAGAGCUCGAUUUUGGUCUCAUCUGACCACAACACUUUCACCCAGUUCUCCUCUGAAUCAUUCAGAUGUUCAUUGGCAAACUUCAGACGGGCCUGUAUAUGUGCUUUCUUGAGCAGGGGGACCCUGCGGGCGCUGCAGGAUUUCAGUCCUUCACGGCAUAGUGUGUUACCAAUUGUUUUCUUGGUGACUAUGGUCCCAGCUGCCUUGAGAUCAUUGACAAGAUCCUCCCGUGUAGUUCUGGGCUGAUUCCUCACCGUUCUCAUGAUCAUUGCAACUCCACGAGGUGAGAUCUUGCAUGGAGCCCCAGGCCGAGGGAGAUUGACAGCUCUUUUGUGUUUCUUCCAUUUGAAAAUAAUCGCACCAACUGUUGUCACCUUCUCACCAAGCUGCUUGGCGAUGGUCUUGUAGCCCAUUCCAGCCUUGUGUAGGUCUACAAUCUUUUCCCUGACAUCCUUGGAGAGCUCUUUGGUCUUGGCCAUGGUGGAGAGUUUGGAAUCUGAUUGAGUGUGCUCCUAUUCUCAGCUCGUUACCUGUAUAAAAGACACCUGGGAGCCAGAAAUCUUUCUGAUUGAGAGGGGGUCAAAUACUUAUUUCCCUCAUUUAAAAUGCAAAUUAAUUUAUAACAUUUUUGACAUGCGUUUUUCAGGAUUAUUUUGUUAUUCUGUCUCUCACUGUUCAAAUAAACCUACCAUUAACAUUAUAGACUGAUCAUGUCUUUGUCAGUGGGCAAACGUACAAAAUCAGCAGGGGAUCAAAUACUUUUUUCCCUCACUGUAUCCCAAUCCUCUGCUCCCUCUGUUUUACCUUGUCAUCUGACCAUGCAGGAAAGGGAUGGGAUGGGAGGAUGAACAGACAGGGAAACGAACGAUGGGAGGUAUAGAGCUUCAUCCCUCCCCCUUUCUCUCUAAGCUGAAUCAUCUGACACUUCCUCCAGGCAGCCACACACAGUCCUACCCCUCUCUCUCUGCUCUCCCAUCUGCCAGAACACACACACACACAGACCCUCUCUCGCUCAAGGCUGUUGCUGCAUGCAUUGGUCAUUCGGUGUGGUCUGCUACAGGAUCAGGAUGGUAGUGCAGGGAGAGGAGCUGUCGUCUGGGGCUGGGGAAGAUUGUAGAGAUGGUGGUGGGGUGGUAGCCUGGCUGGGGGUGCCCUCGGUCUCCACGGUGAUUAAAUACUCAUGUCUGCUGUGCUGGUCUUCCAGGGAGAAGAGCAACGUGGAACAGGAAAUUAAAGAGCAGGAGGAGAGCAUCAGAGAAAGGACCAGUGAAGUCCAGGUACAGUAAACGUGCUGCCUGCAUGCCUCAACUCUCUCACUGCCCUUCUAUUGUUUCAGUUCAUUUCAUCCACUUCAUGACUGUGUUGUCUGUAAAUUGAUUUUCUAUUGGUUUUAUAAAUACAUUUUCUUAUGUCAAAUCAGUCUACUGUUCAGCUGCUCUUGUUGAAUUUGUUAGAGGUGGUCUGCUUGAAUCUGUUAGGCUAUGAAGCUAUGGCUGAGCAGCAGAGACAAACAUACCCUCCCUGUCUGAGUCAGAGCCACUGGUUCUAUAUACAUCUAUAUUGCACCAUGUUGACGUUGAUGUUUUAUGAUGUUGAUGAUCUCAAUUGCGCGAGCUGAACUGAUGCGAUGUAGCCUCAAGCUGUAUAGUUCUUGCUUCAGUGAUACAUUUUGACAGAAUUACCUCCAUGUUAUGAUCAAGGAUAUAAAUUGAUUUAUUAAUAUAACCUAUUUAGAGGAAGUGCAUACAUUAUUUACCAUUCAUUUCUAUUGGGCACAAAAUUAUCUGAAACAAACAGCAAAUGCAUCCAACAAGGUUGUAGAGUCACAAGCUUGAUGUAAUCAUUGCGUGCUAGGAAUAUCGGACCAAAUGCUAAACCUUUGACUACUUUAUUAUACCGAUAAUUGAAAAAUCUGUCAAUGUGCCCUUGAGCAAGGCACUUAACCCUAAUUGCUCCUGUAAAUCGCUCUGGAUAAGAGCGUCUGCUAAAUGACUAAAAUGAAAAUUUGCCCCAAUACUUUUGGUCCCAUAAAAUGGAGGGCACUAUGUACAACAAGUGCUGUAAUUUCUAAACGGUUCACCCGACAUGGAUGAAAAUACCCUCAAAUUGAAGCUGACAGUCUGGACUUUAACCUCCAUAGUUAUUGUAUAAUUUCAACAAAUGUGUCACUGUCCCAAUACUUUUGGAUCUAACUGUAUAUUAAAUUAUACUUUCAUAUCCUGUAAUCUGGGUCUGGCUAUCUUAUUAUUUUAUGCAAAUGCAUUUUUUUGAAAGUAUCACGUGUUCUUGAAUAAGCCAGUACCAUAGCAGAGGGGUAUCCGCUGUAAACCUGAUACCAGUCUCUAUUUAGUCAUUACUGGCUGUAUGAAUGUCAGGUUUAAUUAUCUCAUCCUCUCAGGUCCUGUUCUCUAUUGACCCACUCGCUCUGAGAGUACUUCAUUAACAUUUUAAACCCUUGUACACCUUUUAUAUUGCCAGUCUUGGCCACACUUGAACCCAAGUGAGCAAACUGUGUAGGAAUAUGGCAAUAUCACCCUGCAUUGAAUAUUUAGUUAUUUUCUGCUGUGUAUUUGUGAAAGGCUGCGCUUUCUCUGGUACUGUUUGCCAUUGGUGUGAAAGGCUGUCAUUAGACGGACAGCACUGUUUCCUCACCCAAGGGUUCACCUCAGCAAUGCCCAGUCACUGCCAAUUAGCCAGAAUUAAUAUAUUAAUAAUGGGAAAACUAGUCUGUUUUUCAAUAGGUAUAUGAGCAACUGAGAUUGGAUUAUACAGUGAAUAUUAAGGCCAAUGAGUAGUAUUCAAUAACUAUUUAACAUUUGCACAGUGAUCAGGAAUAAUUCUCCCUACAGUACAUGUAAAGUAAAUCAGUACUGUAAUUGCUGAAUAUUAAGUAUUCUAAGCAAAUAGGGAUCAAUAAACUAUUAGCUUUUUAAUAGGCUAGCCUUGAAUCCUUGGUACUUGUAGCACUCACACUUUAAUGAUUAGGAGAUGAGGGCAGGAGUGCCUUGCCACUGUGCUGGAGUUGGUCUGAUAAAUGGCUUCUAUUUUGGGCUGCGACUGCCUGGCUGCUUUAAACAGACAGAGCUUAGUGCAGCAGCUCCUCUGAAGAAACGGAGGAAGACAUUCAUCUGUUGUUCAUCCCUCAGAGCCUGUGCUGAGGAGUGGCUGAUUACACACACUUCCUCGAGAAACAUCAUGUGGGCAUAAACACUAAGUGUGAUGGUACUUUGGUGAAGCGCACGUUGAUUUUUUUUAUUCUGCUGCGGUGGAGCACCUCGUCAAGGCUGAGCUAGUUUUUUUUUUAAAUAUCUGUCACUAUAUUCUGGCAGUCAUAAUGGAUUGACUCUGACUCCUCUCUGCACACUCUGCUCAGUCAAACGCUACUCCCACAUGUGUGCCUCUGCUCCUUUUCUCACGUCUUUCUCUGGAUGUUGUGACUGUUAUCCCUGCCCUCCUCAGGAACUGCAGAAUCAGGUGCAGAAGGAGAGCGGGGAGCUGCAGCGGCUGCAGUCUCAGCGCCAGGAGGUCCAGGAUGCUCUGGAGGAGCUGGACCAGCAGAAGACCACUCUGGAGGAGCAGCUUGGUCACAUCCGCCAGCAGUGCAGCCAUGAGAACCAGCUGGUGAGACUACAGGACCUAUCAACCAACUACCACCUCACACAGCACCUGGAUCACCUUCAGAGAGGAACCAGUCAAUAGCAACUGCAUUUGGUGGUCAAAUGUACAUCUAGUCACAGUCAGAUUGUCCACCAUUUUGUUUUAACUAUUUUCUCACAUCUUGCAUCUCUUUCUGUGGUGUGUGUGUUUAGAUCUCGUCACUAGAGGCGGAGCACACGGAGCAGGAGCAGAGGAUAGAGGAGUACGAGGAGCAGCUGGUGCAGGCCAGAGAGGAGCUACUUCGGCUACAGGAGGAGAGCCAACAGUUGGAGGAGAAGGUGCAGGCAGCACGGGAGCAGUUCACUCCCUUGCAGGAGUUUGUCAAGGACUCCUACUCUCAGGUGAGUCUACUUUGACUCACCAUCAUUACUAUCACGGUUGUGGCAAAGAUUGUAAAUGGAGAGAUCAAAACAUGAUUGAGAGAGAAUGCUUGGUAGGAUGACAUGCGAUUUAUUGGUGAGCGAAUGUUAUAUUUAGAUUUUAUAAAUUGCAUGUCAUGCUACCAAGCGUUCUCUUUCAUCAAUCAUGUUUGGUUCUCUCCAACCCAAGUAUAUAUGUAUGUACAGUUGAAGUAGGAAGUUUACAUACACUUAUGUUGGAGUCAUUAAAACUCGUUUUUCAACCACUCCACAAAUGUCUUGUUAACAAACUAUAGUUUUGGAAGGUCGGUUAGGACAUCUACUUUGUGCAUGACACAAGUAAUUUUUCCAACAAUUGUUUACAGACCGAUUAUUUCACUUGUAAUUCACUGUAUCACAAUUCCAGUGGGUCAGAAGUUUACAUACACUAAUUUGACUGUGCCUUUAAACAGCUUGGAAAAUUCCAGAAAAUGAUGUCAAUUAGCCUAUCAGAAGCUUCUAAAGCCAUGACAUCAUUUGAGUCAAUUGGAGGUGUACCUGUGGAUGUAUUUCAAAGCCUACCUUCAAACUCAGUGCCUCUUUGCUUGAUAUCAUGGGAAAAUCAAAAGAAAUCAGCCAAGACCUCAGAAAAAAAAUUGUAGACCUCCACAGAUCUGGUUCAUCAAUGGGAGCAAUUUCCAAACGCCUGAAGGUACCACGUUCAUCUGUACAAACAAUAGUAUGCAAGUAUAAACACCAUGGGACCACGCAGCCGUCAAACCGCUCAGGAAGGAGACGCGUUCUGUCUCCUAGAGAUGAACGUACUUUGGUGCGAAAAGUACAAAUCAAUCCCAGAACAACAGCAAAGGACCUUGUGAAGAUGCUGGAGGAAACAGGUACAAAAGUAUCUAUAUCCACAGUAAAACGAGUCCUAUAUCCGAGUCCUAUAUAGGCCGCUCAGUAAGGAAGAAGCCACUGCUCCAAAACGGCCAUAAAAAAGACAGACUAUGGUUUGCAACUGCACAUGGGGACAAAGAUCGUACUUUUUGGAGAAAUGUCCUCUGGUCUGAUGAAACAAAAGUAGAACUGUUUGGCCAUAAUGACCAUCGUUAUGUUUGGAGGAAAAAGGGGGCUGCUUGCAAGCCGAAGAACACCAUCCCAACCGUGAAGCACGGAGGUGGCAGCAUCAUGCUGUGGGGGUGCUUUGCUGCAGGAGGGACUGGUGCACUUCACAAAAUAGAUGGCAUCAUGAGGAAGGAAAAUUAUGUGGAUAUAUUGAAGCAACAUCUCAAGACCAGUCAGGAAGUUAAAGCUUGUCGCAAAUGGGUCUUCCAAAUGGACAAUGACCCCAAGCAUACUUCCAAAGUUGUGGCAAAAUGGCUUAAGGACAACAAAGUCAAGGUAUUGGAGUGGCCAUCACAAAGCCCUGACCUCAAUCCUAUAGAAAAUGUGUGGGCAGAACUGAAAAGGUGUGUGCGAGCAAGGAGGCCUACAAACCUGACUCAGUUACACCAGCUCUGUCAGGAGGAAUGGGCCAAAAUUCACCCAACUUAUUGUGGGAAGCUUGUGGAAGGCUACCCGAAACGUUUGACCCAAGUUAAACAAUUUAAAGGCAAUGCUACCAAAUACUAAUUAAGUGUAUGUAAACUUGUGACCCACUGGAAUUGUGAUACAGUGUAUUAUAAGUGAAAUAAUCUGUCUGUAAACAAUUGUUGGAAAAAUGACUUGUGUCAUGCACAAAGUAGAUGUCCUAACCGACUUGCCAAAACUAUAGUUUGUUAACAAGAAAUUUGUGGAAUGGUUGAAAAACGAGUUUUAAUGACUCCAACCUAAGUGUAUGUAAACUUCCGACUUCAACUGUAUGUAUGUGUGUAUAUAUGUAUGUAUACAUAUAUAUACAUACAGUGGGGAGAACAAGUAUUUGAUACACUGCCGAUUUUUGCAGGUUUUCCUACUUACAAAGCAUGUAGAGGUCUGUAAUUUUUAUCAUAGGUACACUUCUACUGUGAGAGACAGAUUCUAAAACAAAAAUCCAGAAAAUCACAUUGUAUGAUUUUUAAGUAAUUAAUUUGAAUUUUAUUGCAUGACAAAAGUAUUUGAUACAUCAGAAAAGCAGAACUUAAUAUUUGGUACAGAAACCUUUGUUUGCAAUUACAGAGAUCAUACGUUUCCUGUAGGUCUUGACCAGGUUUGCACACACUGCAGCAGGGAUUUUUGCCCACUCCUUCAUUCAGACCUCCUCCAGAUCCUUCAGGUUUCGGGGCUGUCGCUGGGCAAUACGGACUUUCAGCUCCCUCCAAAGAUUUUCUAUUGGGUUCAGGUCUGGAGACUGGCUAGGCCACCCAGGACCUUGAGAUGCUUCUUACGGAGCCACUCCUUAGUUGCCCUGGCUGUGUGUUUCGGGUCGUUGUCAUGCUGGAAUACCCAUCCACGAACCAUUUUCAAUGCCCUGGCUGAGGGAAGGAGGUUCUCACCUAAGAUUUGAAGUUACAUUGCCCCGUCCGUCGUCCCUUUGAUGCGGUGAAUUUGUCCUCUCCCCUUAGCAGAAAAACACCCCCAAAGCAUAAUGUUUCCACCUCCAUGUUUGACGGUGGGGAUGGUGUUCUUGGGGUCAUAGGCAGCAUUCCUCCUCCUCCAAACACGGCGAGUUGAGUUGAUGCCAAAGAGCUCGAUUUUUGUCUCAUCUGACCACAACACUUUCACCCAGUUCUCCUCUGAAUCAUUCAGAUGUUAAUUGGCAAACUUCAGACGGGCCUGUAUAUGUGCUUUCUUGAGCAGGGGGACCUUGCGGGCGCAGCAGGAUUUCAGUCCUUCACGGCGUAGUUACCAAUUGUUUUCUUGGUGACUAUGGUCCCCGCUGCCUUGAGAUCAUUGACGAGAUCAUUGACAAGAUCCUCCAGUGUAGUUCUGGGCUGAUUCCUCACCGUUCUCAUGAUCAUUGCAACUCCACGAGGUGAGAUCUUGCAUGGAUCCCCAGGCCGAGGGAGAUUUGACAGUUCUUUUGUGUUUCUUCCAUUUGCGAAUAAUCGUACCAGCUGUUGUCACCUUCUCACCAAGCUGCUUGGCGAUGGUCUUGUAGCCCAUUCCAGCCUUGUGUAGGUCUACAAUCUUGUCCCUGACAUCCUUGGAGAGCUCUUUGGCCUUGGCCAUGGUGGAGAGUUUGGAAUCUGAUUGAGUGUGCUCCUAAUCUCAGCUCGUUACCUGUAUAAAAGACACCUGGGAGCCAGAAAUCUUUCUGAUUGAGAGGGGGUCAAAUACUUAUUUCCCUCAUUAAAAUGCAAAUCAAUUUAUAACAUGCAUUUUUCUGGAUUGUGUUGUUAUUCUGUCUCUCACUGUUCAAAUAAACCUACCAUUAAAAUUAUAGACUGAUCAUUUUUUUGUCAGUGGGCAAACGUACAAAAUCAGCAGGGGAUCAAAUACUUUUUUCCCUCACUAUACGUAUGUAUGUAUGUAUGUAUGUAUGUGUGUGUGUGUGUGUGUGUGUGUGUAUGUAUGUAUGUAUAUACACACACACACACACACACACACACACACACACACACACACACACUACCGUUCCAAAGUUUGGGUUCACUUAGAAAUUUCCUUGUUUUCGAAAGAAAAGCUAAAUGUUUUGUCCAUUAAAAUAACAUAAUGAAUGCAUGCGUGCACACACACACACACACACACACACACACACACACACACACACACACACACACUACCGUUCCAAAGUUUGGGUUCACUUAGAAAUUUCCUUGUUUUCGAAAGAAAAGCUAAAUGUUUUGUCCAUUAAAAUAACAUAAUGAAUGCAUGCGUGCACACACACACACACACACACACACACACACACACACACACACAGUACCAGUCAAAAGUUUGGACACACCUACUCAUUCAAGGGUUUUUCUUUAUUUUAACUAUUUGUAGAAUAAUAUUGAAGACCUCAAAACUAUGAAAUAACACACAUGGAAUCAUGUAGUAAACAAAUCAAAAUAUAUUUGAGAUUCUUCAAAUAGCCAACCUUUGCCUUGAUGACAGCUUUGCACACUCUUGGCAUUCUCUCAACCAGCUUCACCUGGAAUGCUUUUCCAACAGUCUUGAAGGAGUUCCCACAUAUGCUGAGCACUUGUUGGCUGCUUUUCCUUCACUCUACGGUCUGACUCAUCCCAAACCAUCUCAUUUGGGUUGAGGUCGAGGGAUUGUGGAGGCCAGGUAAUCUGAUGCAGCACUCCAUCACUCUCCUUCUUUGUAAAAUAGCCCUUACACAGCCUGGAGGUGUGUUGUGUCAUUGUCUUGUUGAAAAACAUAUGGUAGUCUGUUAAAUGACUGUACAUGUAGUCCCACUAAGCCCAAGCUAGAUGGGAUGUCGUAUCGCUGCAGAAUGCUGUGGUAGCCAUGCUGGUUAAGUGUUCCUUGAAUUCUAAAUAAAUCACAGACAGUGUCACCAGCAAAGCACCCCCACACCAGAACACCACCUCCAUGCUUUACGGUGGGAAAUACACAUGCGGAUAUCAUCCAUUCACUCUCACAAAGACACGGCGGUUGGAACCAAAAAUCUCAAAUUUGGACUCCAGACCAAAGGACAUAUUUCCACCGGUCUAAUGUCCAUUGCUCGUGUUUCUUGGUCCAAGCAAGGCUCUUCUUAUUAUUGGUGUCCUUUUUAGUAGGGGUUUCAUUGCAGCAAUUCGACCAUGAAGGCCUGAUUUGCAGUGUUUAACACUUUUUUGGUUACUACAUGAUUUCAUAUGUGUUAUUUCAUAGUUUAUGUCUUCACUAUUAUUCUACAUUGUAAAAAUAAAUUAAAACCCUUCAAUGAGUAUGUAUGUGUGUGUGUGUGUGUGUAUAUGUGUGUGUGUGUGUGUAUAUAUAUAUAUAUAUAUAUAUAUAUAUAUAUAUAUAUAUAUAUAUAUAUAUAUAUAUAUAUAUAUAAUCUCACAAAAGUGAGUACACCCCUCACAUUUUUGUAAAUAUUUGAGUUUAUCUUUUCAUGUGACAACACUGAAGAAAUGACACUUUGCUACAAUGUAAAGUAGUGAGUGUACAGCUUGUAUAACAGUGUACAUUUGCUGUCCCUUCAAAAUAACUCAACACACAGCCAUUAAUGUCUAAACCACUGGCAACAAAAGUGAGUACACCCCUAAGUGAAAAUGUCCAAAUUGGGCCCAAUUAGCCAUUUUCCCUCCCCGGUGUCAUGUGACUCGUUAGUGUUACAAGGUCUCAGGUGUGAAUGGGGAGCAGGUGAGUUAAAUUUGGUGUCAUCGCUCUCACACUCCCUCAUACUGGUCACUGGAAGUUCAACAUGGCACCUCAUGGCAAAGAACUCUCUUGAGGAUCUGAAAAAAAGAAUUGUUGCUCUACAUAAAGAUGGCCUGGGCUAUAAGAAGAUUGCCAAGACCCUGAAACUGAGCUGCAGCACGGUGGCCAAGACCAUACAGCGGUUUAACAGGACAGGUUCCACUCAGAACAGGCCUCGCCAUGGUCGACCAAAGAAGUUGAGUGCACGUGCUCAGCGUCAUAUCCAGAGGUUGUCUUUGGGAAAUAGAUGUAUGAGUGCUGCCAGCAUUGCUGCAGAGGUUGAAGGGGUGGGGGGUCAGCCUGUCAGUGCUCAGACCAUACGCCGCACACUGCAUCAAAUUGGUCUGCAUGGCUGUUGUCCCAGAAGGAAGCCUCUUCUAAAGAUGAUGCACAAGAAAGCCCGCAAACAGUUUGCUGAAGACAAGCAGACUAAGGACAUAGAUUACUGGAACCAUGUACUGUGGUCUGAUGAGACCAAGAUAAACUUAUUUGAUUCAGAUGGUGUCAAGCGUGUGUGGCGGCAACCAGGUGAGGAGUACAAAGACAAGUGUGUCUUGCCUACAGUCAAACAUGGUGGGGGGAGUGUCAUGGUCUGGGGCUGCAUGAGUGCUGCCGGCACUGGGGAGCUACAGUUCAUUGAGGGAACCAUGAAUGCCAACAUGUACUGUGACAUACUGAAGCAGAGCAUGAUCCCCUCCCUUCGGCGACUGGGCCGCAGGGCAGUAUUCCAACAUGAUAACGACCCCAAACACACCUCCAAGACGACCACUGCCUUGCUAAAGAAGCUGAGGGUAAAGGUGAUGGACUGGCCAAGCAUAUCUCCAGACCUAAACCCUAUUGAGCAUCUGUGGGGAAUUCUCAAACGGAAGGUGGAGGAGUGCAAGGUCUCUAACAUCCACCAGCUCCGUGAUGUCGUCAUGGAGGAGUGGAAGAGGACUCCACCAGAGCUUCACAGGUUGCCACUGAACUCCAUGCCCAAGAGGGUUAAGGCAGUGCUGGAAAAUGAUGGUGGCCACACAAAAUAUUGACACUUUGGGCCCAAUUUGGACAUUUUCACUUAGGGGUGUACUCACUUUUGUUGCCAGCGGUUUAGACAUUAAUGGAUGUGUGUUGUUAUUUUGAGGGGACAGCUAAUUUACACUGUUAUACAAGCUGUACACUCAAUACUUUACAUUGUAGCGAAGUGUCAUUUCUUCAGUGUUGACACAUGAAAAUAUAUACUCAAAUAUUUAUAAAAAUGUGAGGGGUGUACUCACUUUUGUGAGAUACUGUAAAUAUAUAUCUCCCAGCUCUCUCUCUCCCUUAUGUCCCUGUGCUCUCUCUACCUCUGUCUGUACUGAGGGCAGGUGCAACAGAAGCUGAGUGAUCUACAGUUGGAGGAGCGGACGGUCACGGCCCAGCUCAGUUGGAAGAAUGCCCUAGAGGAGGAUCCAGUGCUGGUGAACGGCUCAGCGGAGGAGCAGCACCAGGAGUACCAGCCUGAGGAGCUGAGAGUGGAGCCUCCAGCCAGCCAGCCACGGAUGGAGCCGGCUGAACCGAUAGAAGAAGAAGUAGAGGAGGAGGAUAGGCCUAAGACCCCAGAGGCCAAGUCUGAUGCCUUCGAAGACCUCUAUAACAGCCUAUCUUCCACUGUCUGGCCAGUACCACAGGACAACCUUGUGAAGGCAAUAUACACUGCUCAAAAAAAUAAAGGGAACACAAAAAUAACACAUCCUAGAUCUGAAUGAAUGAAAUAAUCUUAUUAAAUACUUUUUUCUUUACGUAGUUGAAUGUGCUGACAACAAAAUCACACAAAAAUUAUCAAUGGAAAUCAAAUGUAUCAACCCAUGGAGGUCUGGAUUUGGAGUCACCCUCAAAAUUAAAGUGGAAAACCACACUACAGGCUGAUCCAACUUUGAUGUAAUGUCCUUAAAACAAGUCAAAAUGAGGCUCAGUAGUGUGUGUGGCCUCCACGUGCCUGUAUGACCUCCCUACAACGCCUGGGCAUGCUCCUGAUGAGGUGGCGGAUGGUCUCCUGAGGGAUCUCCUCCCAGACCUGGACUAAAGCAUCCGCCAACUCCUGGACAGUCUGUGGUGCAACGUGGCGUUGGUGGAUGGAGCGAGACAUGAUGUCCCAGAUGUGCUCAAUUGGAGUCAGGUCUGGGGAACGGGAGGGCCAGUCCAUAGCAUCAAUGCCUUCCUCUUGCAGGAACUGCUGACACACUCCAGCCACAUGAGGUCUAGCAUUGUCUUGCAUUAGGAGGAACCCAGGGCCAACCGCACCAGCAUAUGGUCUCACAAGGGGUCUGAGGAUCUCAUCUCGGUACCUAAUGGCAGUCAGGCUACCUCUGGCGAGCACAUGGAGGGCUGUGCGGCCCCCCAAAGAAAUGCCACCCCACACCAUGACUGACCCACCGCCAAACCGGUCAUGCUGGAGGAUGUUGCAGGCAGCAGAACGUUCUCCACGGCGUCUCCAGACUCUGUCACGUCUGUCACAUGUGUUCAGUGUGAACCUGCUUUCAUCUGUGAAGAGCACAGGGCACCAGUGGCGAAUUUGCCAAUCUUGGUGUUCUCUGGCAAAUGCCAAACGUCCUGCACGGUGUUGGGCUGUAAGCACAACCCCCACCUGUGGACGUCGGGCCCUCAUACCACCCUCAUGGAGUCUGUUUCUGACCGUUUGAGCAGACACAUGCACAUUUGUGGCCUGCUGGAGGUCAUUUUGCAGGGCUCUGGCAGUGCUCCUUCUUGCACAAAGGCGGAGGUAGCAGUCCUUCUGCUGGGUUGUUGCCCUCCUACGGCCUCCUCCACGUCUCCUGAUGUACUGGCCUGUCUCCUGGUAGCGCCUCCAUGCUCUGGAAACUACGCUGACAGACACAGCAAACCUUCUUGCCACAGCUCGCAUUGAUGUGCCAUCCUGGAUGAGCUGCACUACCUGAGCCACUUGUGUGGGUUGUAGACUCCGUCUCAUGCUACCACUAGAGUGAACGCACCGCCAGCAUUCAAAAGUGACCAAAACAUCAGCCAGGAAGCAUAGGAACUGAGAAGUGGUCUGUGGUCACCACCUGCAAAACCAGUCCUUUAUUGGGGGUGUCUUGCUAAUUGCCUAUAAUUUCCACCUGUUGUCUAUUCCAUUUGCACAACAGCAUGUGAAAUGUAUUGUCAAUCAGUGUUGCUUCCUAAGUGGACAGUUUGAUUUCACAGAAGUGUGAUUGACUUGGAGUUACAUUGUGUUGUUUAAGUGUUCCCUUAAUUUUUUUAAGCAGUGUAUUAUACUCUGAAAUAUCUGUGUCAUUUAUAAUUUGUUCAUAUGUCUGAGUGCCAUUUGUGUGUGUUGUCAUGCCAUCAUGGGGUCUGAAGUUCCUGUUUUUCCUUCUCUUUUCUCAGGAGCACAUUAGUCCCAUUGCCUUCACCCUUCAGGAGCACGGGAGUCCUACUGCUGAAUUUGAAGCAGAGGUCAAAGAAGAAGAAAAAGAAGAUGAGGAGUCGUCGUCUAAAGCUAGCACUCCCAAGGUACAAUAUACUCUCAUCAUCUUUAGUCAUGGGAUUCCUCCUCGGACUCCAGACCUUGGUUCAGGUCAUUUAUUUAAAUACUUAUUUUCUGUGUAUUUGAGUAUUUUUAAAUAAUUACAUUUACAUUUUAGUCAUUUAGCAGACGCUCUUAUCCAGAGUGACUUACAGUUAGAGUGCAUACAUUAUUUUUCAUACUGGCCCCCCGUGGGAAUCGAACCCACAACCCUGGCUUUGCAAACGCCAUGCUCUACCAACUGAGCUACAUCCCUGCCGGCCAUUCCCUCCCCUACACUGGACAACGCUGGGCCAAUUGUGCGCCGCCCCAUAUGACCUACACUACUAUAAUGUGAAGUAUUUUAAAAUACUUUCCUAUUAAUAGCCUACUAUUUGAAAGUAUUGGCAAUAUUUCAAAUACCGAACAGACCUGGUGCAAAUGCAUGGGAGUAUUUUAAUAUUGUGUAAAUUCUAGUUGUCAAUUUGAUGAGGUCAUCUGAAAAGAUUUCACCCCAUGCUUCCUGAAGCACCUCCCACAAGUUGGAUUGACUUGAUGGGCACUUCUUACGUACCAUACGGUCAAGCUGCUCCCACAACAGCUCAAUAGGGUUGAGAUCCAGAGACUGUGCUGGCCACUCCAUUAUAGACAGAAUACCAGCUGACUGCUUCUUCCCUAAAUAGUUAUUGCAUAGUUUGGAGCUGUGCUUUGGGUCAUUGUCCUGUUGUAGGAGAAAUUGGCUCCAAUCAAGCGCCGUCCACAGGGUAUGGCAUGGCGUUGCAAAAUGGAGUGAUAGCCUUCCUUCUUCAAGAUCCCUUUUACCCUGUACAAAUCUCCCACUUUACCACCACCAAAGCAUCCCCAGACCAUAACAUUGCCUCCACCAUGCUUGACAGAUGGCAUCAAGCACUCCUCCAGCAUCUUUUCAUUUGGUCUGUGUCUCACAAAUGUUAUUCUUUGUGAUCCGAACACCUCAAACUUCGAUUCGUCUGUCCAUAACAGUUUUUCCAAAUCUUCCUCUGUCCAGUGUCUGUGUUCUUUUGCCCAUCUUAAUAUUUUAUUUUUAUUGGCCAUUCUGAGAUAUGGCUUUUUCUUUGCAACUCUGCGUAGAAGGUCAGCAUCUUGGAGUUGCCUCUUCACUGUUGACGUUGAGACUGGUGUUUUGCGGGUACUAUUUAAUGAAGCUGCCAGUUGAGGACCUGUGAGGCGUCUGUUUCUCAAACUAGACACUCUAAUGUAUUUGUCCUAUUGCUCAGUUGCGCACCGGGACCUCCCACUCCUCUUUCUAUUCUGGUUAGAGCCAGUUUGCGCUGUUCGGUGAAGGGAGUAGUACACAGCGUUGUACGAGAUCUUCAGUUUCUUGGCAAUUUCUCGCAUGGAAUAGCCUUCAUUUCUCAGAACAAGUAUAGACUGACGAGUUUCAGAAGAAAGUUAUUUUUUUCUGGCCAUUUUGGUUCUGUAAUCGAACCCACAAUUGCUGAUGCUCCAUAUACUCAACUAGUCUCAAGAAGGCCAGUUUUAUUGCUGCUUUAAUCAGCACAACAGUUUUCAGCUGUGCUAACAUAAUUGCAAAAGGGUUUUCUAAUGAUCAAUUAGCCUUUUAAAAUGAUAAACUUGGUUUAGCAAACACAACGUGCCAUUGGAACACAGGACUGAUGGUUGCUGAUAAUUGGCCUCUGUACGCCUAUGUAGAUAUUCCAUAAAAAAUCAGCCGUUUCCAGCUACAAUAGCCAUUUACAACAUGAACAAUGUCUACACUGUAUUUCUGAUCCAUUUUAUUUUAAUGGACAACAAAAUUGCUUUUCUUUCGAAAACAAGGACAUUUCUAAGUGACCCCAAACUUUUGAACCGUAGUGUAUACAUAAGUAUUCAGACCCUUUACUCAGUACUUUGUUGAAGCACGUUUUGACAGUGAUUACAGCAUCAAUUCUUCUUGGGUAUGACGCUGCAAGCUUGGCACACCUGUAUUUGGGGAGUUUCUCCCAUUCUUCUCUGCAGAUCCUCUCAAGCUCUGUCAGGUUGGAUGAGGAGCUUUGCUGCACAGCUAUUUUCAAGUCUCUCCAGAGAUGUUCGAUCGGGUUCAAGUCCGGGCUCUAGCUUGGCCACUCAAGGACAUUCAGAGACUUGUCCCGAUGCCACUCCUGCGUUGUCUUGGCUGUGUGCUUAGGGUCGUUGUCUUGUUGGAAGGUGAACCUUCACACCUGUCUGAGGUCCUGACUGACCUUCAUGUCUUAAAGUAAUGAUGGACUGUCAUUUCUCUUUGCUUAUUUGAGCUGUUCUUGCCAUAAUAUGGACUUGGUCUUUUACCAAAUAGGGCUAUCUUCUGUAUACCCCCCUACCUUGUCACAACACAACUGAUAGGCUCAAACGCAUUAAGAAGGAAAGAAAUUCCACAAAUUAAUUUUUAAGAAGGCACACCUGUUAAUUCAAAUGCAUUCCAGGUGACUACCUCAUGAAGCUGGUUGAGAGAAUGCCAAGUGUGCAAAGCUGUCAUCAAGGCAAAGGGUUGCUAUUUGAAGAAUCUCAAAUAUAAAAUAUAUUUUGAUUUGUUUAACACUUUUUUGGUUACUACAUGAUUCCAUAUGUGUUAUUUCAUAGCUUUGAUGUCUUCACUAUUAUUCUACAAUGUAGAAAACCCUUGAAAGAGUAGAUGUGUCCAAACUUUUGACUGGGAGUCUGUGUGUGUGUGUGUGUGUGUGUGUGUGUGUGUAUAGAUAGAUAUCUCCAAAUACUUAAUUCCAUAUGCCUUUGAAAGUAAUUGAAAUACACUAAAUAGUAUUUGAACCCAGGUCUACUGGACUCAUGUUUGACCACUGGACUGUACUAAUCACCUGUAUUUCUUCAGCAGGUGGAAUCCCCAGAGCCAGAACAGAGACCAGAGUCAACUGAGCCUCCCCAUGCUACCCCUCCUGCGCUACCUCCACAGACAACCUCCCCUCCACUCCCUGGACUGGACUUCUUCGAGUCAGACCCCUUCACUGACCGUGAGUUACCCCUCCACCUCUCAAAUAGUACAAUAAACUAACAGGAGCAAUUUCAAACUUGACAAACCUACUGUACAGUGAGGGGAAAAAAGUAUUUGAUCCCCUGCUGAUUUUGUACGUUUGCCCACUGACAAAGACAUGAUUCUUGUUGUUGGACGAGUUGGAUGAGGCGACGGGGUCGGCACCGUUUGACUUGGAAACAACCAGAGGUCCAAAAGAUCAUGACUGACUGCUCUCCCUCUUGUGUUCAUGUUUACAUCAACAAAACCACCACCUCCUUAUCACAUUCCCCCUCAUUAUUAAUGCGGUUAGCAGGCAGUCCUCUCCAGACAUGCACACGCACACACGUCAAACUACUCCUUACAGUGAGGGAAAAAAGUUUUUGAUCCCCUGCUGAUUUUGUACGUUUGCCCACUGACAAGGAAAUGAUCAGUCUAUAAUUUUAAUGGUAGGUUUAUUUGAACAGUGAGAGACAGAAUAACAACAAAAAAAUCCAGAAAAACACAUGUCAAAAAUGUUAUAAAUUGAUUUGCAUUUUAAUGAGGGAAAUAAGUAUUUGACCCCCUCUCAAUCAGAAAGAUUUCUGGCUCACAGGUGUCUUUUAUACAGGUAACUAGCUGAGAUUAGGAGCACACUCUUAAUACAUUUUGUUACGUUACAGCCUUAUUCUAAAAUUGAUUAAGUAAUGUUUUCCCUCAUCAAUCUACACACAAUACCCCAUAAUGACAAAGCGAAAACAGGUUUUCAGAUUUUUUUGCAAAUGUAUUAAAAAUAAAAAACAUACCUUAUUUACAUAGGUGUUCAGAGCCUUUGCUAUGAGACUAGAAAUUGAGCUCAGGUGCAUCCUGUGUCCAUUGAUCACCCUUGAGAUGUUUCUACAACUUGAUUGGAGUCCACCUGUGGUAAAUUCAAUUGAUUGGACAUGAUUUGGAAAAGCACACACAGUCUAUAUAAAGUUCCAACAGUUGACAGUGCAUGUCAGAGCAAAAACCAAGUCAUGAGGUCGAAGGAAUUGUCCGUAGAGCUCCGAGACAGGAUUGUGUCGAGGCACAGAUCUGGGGAAGGGUACCAAAACAUUUCUGCAGCAUUGAAGGUCCCCAAGAACACAGUGGCUUCCAUCAUUCUUAAAUGGAAGAAGUUUGGAACGACCAAGACUCAUCCUAGAGCUGGCCGCCCAAACUGAGCAAUCGGGGUAGAAGGGCCUUGGUCAGGGAGGUGACCAAGAACCCAAUGAUCACUCUGACAGAGCUCCAGAGUUCCUCUGUGGAGAUGGGAGAACCUUCCAGAAAGACAAUCAAGCGUCACGUCUGGAGGAAACCUGGCACCAUCCUUAUGGUGAAGCAUGGUGGCAGCAUCAUGCUGUGGGGAUGUUUUUCAGCGGCAGGGACUAGGAGACUAGUCAGGAUCGAGGGAAAGAUGAACAGAGCAAAGUACAGAGAGAUCCUUAAUGAAAACCUUGUCCAGAGCGCUCAGGACCUCAGACUGGGGCGACGGUUCACCUUCCAACGGUACAAUUGCCCUGAACACAAAGCCAAGACAACGCAGGAGUGGCUUCGGGACAAGUCUCAAUGUCGUUGAGUGGCCCAGCCAUAUCCCGGACUUGAACCCGAUCUAACAUCUCUGGAUAGGCCUAAAAAUAGCUGUGCAGCGACGCUCCCCAUCCAACCUGACAGAGCUUGAGAGGAUCUGCAGAGAAGAAUGGGAGAAACUCCACAAAUACAGGUGUGCCAAGUUUGUAGCGUCAUACCCAAGAAGACUCUAGGCUGUAAUCGUUGCCAAAGGUGCUUCAACAAAGUACUGAGUAAUAUUUCAGUUUUUUGUAAUAUAUACAGUUGAAGUCGGAAGUUUGCAUAUACUUAGGUUGGAGUCAUUAACACUCGUUUUUCAACCACUCCAAAAAUCUCUUGUUAAAAACUAUAGUUUUGGCAAGUCGGUUAGGACAUUUACUUUGUGCAUGACACAAGUAAUUUUUCCAACAAUUGUUUACAGACAGAUUAUUUCACUUAUAAUUCACUGUGUCACAAUUCCAGUUUACAUACACUAAGUUGACUGUGCCUUUAAACAGCUUGGAAAAUUCCAGAAAAUGAUGUUAUGGCUUUAGAAGCUUCUGAUAGGCUAAUUGACAUAAUUUGAGUCAAUUGGAGGUGUACGUGUGGAUGUAUUUCAAGGCCUACAUCAAACUCAGUGCCUCUUUGCUUGACAUCAUGGGAAAAUCCAAAGAAAAUUAGCCAAGACCUCAGGAAAAAAAAUUGUAGACCUCCACAAGUCUGGUUCAUCCUUGGGAGCAAUUUCCAAACGCCUGAAGGUACCAUGUUUAUCUGUACAAAAAAUAGUAUGCAAGUAUAAAACACCAUGGACCACGCAGCCAUCAUACCGCUCAGGUAUACCGCCUAGAGAUGAACGUACUUUGGUGCGAAAAGUGCAAAUCAAUCCCCGCACAACAGCAAAGGACCUUGUGCAGAUGCUGGAGGAAACCGGUACAAAGUAUCUAUAUCCACAGUAAAACGAGUCCUAUAUCGACAUAACCUGAAAGAAGCCACUGCUCCAAAACUGCCAUAAAAAAGCCAGACUACGGUUUGCAACUGCACAUGGGGACAAAGAUCGUACUUUUUGGAGAAAUGUCCUCUGGUCUGAUGAAACAAAAAUAGAACUGUUUGGCCAUAAUGACCAUUGUUAUGUUUGGAGGAAAAAGGGGGUAGCUUGCAAGCCGAAGAACACCAUCCCAACUGUGUAGCACAAGGGUGGCAGCAUCAUGCUGUGGGGGUGCUUUGCUGAAGGAGGGACUGGUGCACUUCACAAAAUAGAUGGCAUCAUGAGGAAGGAAAAUUAUGUGGAUAUAUUGAAGCAACAUCUCAAGACAUCAGUCAGGAAGUUAAAGCUUGGUCGCAAAUGGGUCUUCCAAAUGGACAAUGACCCCAAGCAUACUUCCAAAGUUGUGGCAAAAUGGCUUAAGGACAACAAAGUCAAGGUAUUGGAGUGGCCAUCACAAAGCCCUGACCUCAAUCCUAUAGAAAAUGUGUGGGCCGAAUUGAAAAAGCGUGUGCGAGCAAGGAGGCCUACAAACCUGACUCAGUUACACCAGCUCUGUCAGGAGGAAUGGACCAAAAUUCACCCAACUUAUUGUGGGAAGCUUGUGGAAGGCUACCCGACACGUUUGACCCAAGUUAAACAAUUUAAAGGCAUUGCUACCAAAUACUAAUUGAGUGUAUGUAAACUUCUGACCCACUGGGAAUGUGAUGAAAGAAAUAAAAACUGAAAUAAAUCAUUCUCUCUACUAUUAUUCUGACAUUUCACAUUCUUAAAAUAUAGUGGUGAUCCAAACUGACCUAAGACAGGGAAUUUUUACUAGGAUUAAAUGUCAGGAAUUGUGAAAAACUGAGUUUAAAUGUAUUUGGGUAAGGUGUAUGUAAACUUCCGACUUCAACUGUACAUUUGCAAAAAUUUCUAAAGCUAUAUUUGCUUUGUCUUUUAUGUGGUACUGACGAGGGGAAAAAACGAUUUAAUAAAUGUUAUACUAAGGCUGUAACGUAACAAAAUGUGUAAAAAGUUAAAGGGGUCUGAAUACUUUCCGAAUGCACUGUAUUUAUGUAAUGAAAGAUGAGUCCCAACUGAUUCUAUUGUCUGUCUUUCCUUCUCUGUCCGUGCAGAUGAUCCAUUUAAAGAUGAUCUAUUUGGAAAGGCAGAUGUUUCCGGUGAGUGAGUCUUGUUAACUCAAUAUAAGUUCAAUCAAUGCAGCUAUGCAUGUGAGCCACCAAAUCGGAUAUUUUCAUAUUAGCCUAUAUUUUGAAUGUAAAAACCUAUAAUGUAGCUGAUCUUCAUCAACAGAUCCGUUUGGAGGAGACCCAUUUAAGGGUACAGAUCCCUUUUCUGCUGACUCCUUCUUCAAGCAGUCUUCGACCGCCCCCUUCCCUUCUGCUGACCCCUUCACCCCCACCGACCCCUUCAGUGGCAGUGCCAGCCUAGUGGAGCCUGACCUGUUUGCAGCUCCGCUCAACAACGCUGCAGGACUGGACCCCUUCAGCUCCAAACCCAACAACAAGGCAGCCAGGGACCCCUUCAGCACCAAGGUCAACAACGUGGAUGCGGAUCCGUUUGGAUCCAAGAUGGACUCCCUGGCAGAGGCAGACCCGUUUGGCUCCCAGGGUACUGCAGGCCCGGAUCCCUUCAGCUGCUCCCAGCCAGGCUCUGAGCUCCCCACUGUGAGUGGGGCCAUCGUGCUGAACUGUCUAUAUGCCUCAGGAAUACUCAUUCAGGCAGUUCCCCAAUUUCCCCCCCAGUUCCUCCCCUUGCACCAGCACAUUGUGUUAAUUAUGCUCCCAGAUAGACCCAGUCUGUGCAUGGUAAUGAAGAAUUACUGUGCACUUGUUCCUUCUGUCCUUAAUUAUUCUAGCUAGGUGUGCACUUUUUGUAGGGUUAGAGUUGUAUAACUGACAUAUGUGUUUCCCAGAAGGAUCUCACUGCAGCAACCAAUGACCCUUUUGCACCUGGAGGCACUGCAGGAAAUACUGGCUCUGACCCAGGUAAGACUCCAGGGAUGGAGCCUACCUCUGGGGAGUGGGUGGUAGUGCAGAUGGUAGUACCCUGUCUGGCUAAACUGUGUGUGUUGUUAAACAAUGUCUACACAUUGUGUGUCCUUCAGAUCCAUUUGCUGCUGUGUUUGGCAACGAAUCAUUUGGAGUGGGAUUUGCGGACUUCAGCGCCCUGGCCAAGGUAAAGUCCUGAUUGGGUUCUCUAGUUGUCCUUGGUGUGUACCAUCAUGGCUGUGAUGUGAGGAGAACUAGGGAUCACUAGCUAUUAAUAGGGACAUUUGUUUAACCUCAAGUAGAUACAGUGAGGGGAAAAAAGUAUUUGAACCCCUGCUGAUUUUGUACGUUUUCCCACUGACAAAGAAAUGAUCAGUCUAUAAUUUUAAUGGUAGGUUUAUUUGAACAGGGAGAGACAGAAUAACAACAAAAGAAUCCAGAAAAACGCAUGUCAAAAAUGUUAUAAAUUGAUUUGCAUUUUAAUGAGGGAAGUAAGUAUUUGACCCCUCUGCAAAACAUGACUUAGUACUUGGUGGUAAAACCCUUGUUGGCAAUCAGAGGUCAGACGUUUCUUGUAGUUGGCCACCAGGUUUGCACGCAUCUCAGGAGGGAUUUUGUCCCACUCCUCUUUGCAGAUCUUCUCCAAGUCAUUAAGGUUUCGAGGCUGACGUUUGGCAACUCGAACCUUCAGCUCCCUCCACAGAUUUUCUAUGGGAUUAAGGUCUGGAGACUGGCUAGGCCACUCCAGGACCUUAAUGUGCUUCUUCUUGAGCCACUCCUUUGUUUCCUUGGCCUUGUGUUUUGGGUCAUUGUCAUGCUGGAAUACCCAUCCACGAACCAUUUUCAAUGCCCUGGCUGAGGGAAGGAGGUUCUCACCCAAGAUUUGACGGUACAUGGCCCUGUCCAUCGUCCCUUUGAAUGCGGUGAAGUUGUCCUGUCCCCUUAGCAGAAAAACACCCCCAGAGCAUAAUGUUUCCACCUCCAUGUUUGACGGUGGGGAUGGUGUUCUUGGGGUCAUAGGCAGCAUUCCUCCUCCUCCAAACAUGGCGAGUUGAGUUGAUGCCAAAGAGCUCGAUUUUGGUCUUAUCUGACCACAACACUUUCACCCAGUUCUCCUCUGAAUCAUUCAGAUGUUCAUUGGCAAACUUCAGACGGGCCUGUAUAUGUGCUUUCUUGAGCAGGGGGACCUUGCGGGCGCUGCAGGAUUUCAGUCCUUCACGGCAUAGUGUGUUACCAAUUGUUUUCUUGGUGACUAUGGUCCCAGCUGCCUUGAGAUGAUUGACAAGAUCCUCCUGUGUAGUUCUGGGCUGAUUCCUCACCGUUCUCAUGAUCAUUGCAACUCCACGAGGUGAGAUCUUGCAUGGAGCCCCAGGCCGAGGGAGAUUGACAGUUCUUUUGUGUUUCUUACAUUUGUGAAUAAUCGUACCAACUGUUGUCACCUUCUCACCAAGCUGCUUGGCGAUGGUCUUGUAGCCCAUUCCAGCCUUGUGUAGGUCUACAAUCUUGUCCCUGACAUCCUUGGAGAGCUCUUUGGUCUUGGCCAUGGUGGAGAGUUUGGAAUCUGAUUGAUUGAUCGCUUCUGUGGACAGGUGUCUUUUAUACAGGUAACAAGCUGAGAUUAGGAGCACUCCCUUUAAGAGUGUGCUCCUAAUCUCAGCUCGUUACCUGUAUAAAAGACACCUGUGAGCCAGAAAUCUUUCUGAUUGAGAGGGGGUCGAAUACUUAUUUCCCUCAUUAAAAUGCAAAUCAAUUUAUAACAUGCGUUUUUCUGGAUUUUUUUGUUGUUAUUCUGUCUCUCACUGUUCAAAUAAACCUACCAUUAAAAUUAUAGACUGAUCAUUUCUUUGUCAGUGGGCAAACGUACAAAAUCAGCAGGGGAUCAAAAACUUUUUUCCCUCACUGUAAGGAGUAGUUUGACGUGUGUGCAUGUCUGGAGAGGACUGCCUGCUAACCGCAUUAAUAAUGAGGGGGAAUGUGAUAAGGAGGUGGUGGUUUUGUUGAUGUAAACAUGAACACAAGAGGGAGAGCAGUCAGUCAUGAUCUUUUGGACCUCUGGUUGUUUCCAAGUCAAACGGUGCUGACCCCUUCGCCUCAUCCAACUCGUCCAACAACAAGAACCUGUUCAAGGAGGACAGCCAGCCUAGCAGCCUUGAUGUUCCCCCAGCCUUGCCCCCCAAGACAGGAACGCCCACCAGACCUCCCCCUCCACCCCCAGGUCAGUCCUCCUGCUGCUCCCAACUCUGGAAAGCUAAUUUUCUUUCAUGCUGUUUCUAGACUCUAUGUUGUUGUUGCUUUUCUGCUUCCAAUUGCAAGUAGCAGAAUGGCAUUGGUAUUCAAACAUGGAGGUUUCGAAGUCCAGAAGCCAAAGGCACAAUCCUAGUCAUAUUAGCAACCCAUCCUAGUUGUUGUGUCUUUAGAUUCCCCCUCUUUCUAAGUUUCUAACAGAGAUUUUCAUCUCUGUCACAUAUGGAACCGCUAUCAGGUGCGCUGUUUAGAAUGUUUUCCCAGGUGCUCUGUUUAAAAUGGUGUUUUCCAGCUAAUUGCAUUUUGGAAAAUGUUUUCAAAUAGGGUUGCAUGUUCUGUUAAGAUGCAUUACCAUCAUCGAAAUGUGAUUUCUGUCAUUCUGAGCACAAUGGUUGGACGCCCUAAUGGGUUAUGCACCCAAUGCAUAUGGGUCCGGUAAAUUUCUCAAAUGGCCGAUUUAAUAAAUAAAAAUCCCGAUCACGUUGUCCCGCGCCACAUUUUCCUAACGGAAACCCUGGCAUCUGGUGUGUGUCUGAUGUUUGUGUGUUUUUGAAUCCAGGUAAGAGAGCCGACAUCUCCAGGUCCGAGACGUCGGACACGUUCCACAGAAGGGGGCCCUUUCUGCCCCAGGGCUCAGGAGACACCCCUUUCUCCCAACCCGCCAAGGAUGCUGCCCAGGACCCCUUUGCCCCAUCCUCACCCCGCCAGCCCGCACGGGACCCAGACCGAUUUGCCAGCUUUGACAAAGUGAGAACCUCACCUGCCCCCUCUCCUCCUCCUGACUCCGACUAGGUCGCCCUCCUCUGUUUCCUUGCUCACAAGCCAUCCAUCAAAUAGCAGUCUCAGCCUCCAUCCAUAGCCAAACUCUCAAAUUACAUACAGUACCAGUCAAAAGUUUGGACACACCUACUCAUUCCAGGGUUUUUCUUUAUUUUUACUAUUUUCUACAUUGUAGAAUAAUAGUGAAGACAUUGAAACACAUAUGGAAUCAUGUAGUAACCAAAAAAGUGUAAAACAAAUCAAAAUAUAUUUUAUAUUUGAGAUUCUUCAAAUAGCCACCCUUUGCCUUGAUGACAGCUUUGCACACUCUUGGCAUUCUCUCAACCAGCUUCACCUGGAAUGCUUUUCCAACAGUCUUGAAGGAGUUCCCACAUAUGCUGAGCACUUGUUGGCUGCUUUUCCUUCACUCUGCAGUCCAACUCAUCCCAAACCAUCUCAAUUGGGUUAAGGUCGGGGGAUUGUGGAGGCCAGGUAAUCUGAUGCAGCCCUCCAUCACUCUCCUUCUUGGUAAAAUAGCCCUUACACAGCCUGGAGGUGUGUUGGGUCAAUGUCCUGUUGAAAAACGAAUGAUAGUCCCACUAAGCCCAAACCAGAUGGGAUGGCGUAUCGCUGCAGAAUGCUGUGGUAGCCGUGCUGGUUAAGUGUGCCUUGAAUUCUAAAUAAAUCACAGACAGUGUCACCAGCAAAGCACCCCCACACCAUAACACCUCCUCCUCCAUGCUUUACGGUGGGAAAUACACAUGCGGAGAUCAUCCGUUCACCCACACCGCGUCUCACAAAGACACGGCGGUUGGAACCAAAAAUCUCCUAUUUGGACUCCAGACCAAAGGACAAACUUCCACCGGUAUAAUGUCCAUUGCUUGUGUUUCUUGGCCCAAGCAGGUCUCUUCUUCUAAUUGGUUUCCUUUAGUAGUGGUUUCUUUGCAGCAAGUUGAUCAUGAAGGCCUGAUUCACACAGUCUCAUCUGAACAGUUGAUGUUGAGAUGUGUCUGUUACUUGAACUCUGAAUCAUUUAUUUUGGCUGCAAUUUCUGAGGCUGGUAACUAAUGAACUUAUCCUCUGCAGCAUAGGUAACUCUGGGUCCUCCAUUCCUGUGGCGGUCCUCAUGAGAGCCAGUUUCAUCAUAGCGCUUGAUUUUUGCAACUGCACUUGAAGAAACUUUCAAAGUUCUUAAAAUGUUCUGUAUUGACUAACCUUCAUAUCUUAAAGUAAUGAUGGACUGUCGUUUCUCUUUGCUUAUUUGAGCUGUUCUUGCAAUAAUAUGGACUUGGUCUAUUACCAAAUAGGGCUAUCUUCUGUAUUGGCUCAAAUGCAUAAAGAAGGAAAGAAAUUCAACAAGUUUAACUUUUAAGAAGGCACACCUGUUAAUUGUAAUGCAUUCCAGGUGACUACCUCAUGAAGCUGGUUGAGAGAAUGCCAAGAGUGUGCAAAGCUGUCAUCAAGGCAAAGGGUGGCUAUUGGAAGAAUCUCAAAUGUAAAAUACAUUUUCAUUUGUUUAACACAUUUGUGGGGUUACUACAUUCCAUAUGUGUUAUUUCAUAGUUUUGAUGUCUUCACUAUUAUCCUACAAUAUAACAAAUUGUACAAAUAUAGAAAAACCCUUGAAUGAGUAGGUGUCUAAACUUUGGACUGGUAUUGUACCUACCUGAGGAGCAUUUAUUAAAUCCUUAAGGAAAUAUAGAUGUAUUUUAUACAUUGCAUUAUUUUAAAUGCAUUCCUUUGUUUUGCUAAAGAGAAGUCCCUUCUAUGGUUUUCUGUAAAUAUUUUGUAUAUUCAUUCUUCCUUUAUGUAUCCCUUAGUCCUUUAUUGUCAAUGUUAUGCUUCUUUAUGUGAAGUUUAUUUAUAUUUAUAAACUGGGUGGUUCGAGCACUGAACUGGCUGACACCCGUGGUGUAUCAGACCGUAUACCACAGGUAUGACAAAACCCUUUAUGUUUACUGCUCUAAUUACGUUGUUAACCAGUUUAUAAUAGCAAUAAGGAACCUCAGGGGUUUGUGAUAUAUGGCCAAUAUUCCACACCUCCUUGGACCUUAUUGCUUAACUUUAAUUACAUUUGUUUAUUUCUAAAUUGAACUUUAAUUCAGACUUGUAAUUGAUGUUCCCUCAAAUAACUUGCACUGCCUUAACUUUACUCCUUUAAUAGUGUAGCUGUAGGUAUGUAUUAAUAAACAUAUUAUAAUAUAUUUAAAAUGGAUAACAUUUUCACUGAGUGACCUUAGUCACCACUAACUGGACUUCAGGCACACACCAAAUCUUCCUCUUCAUGACGCAUAGCCUUCAGGAGCCCCUGGUUGGCUGUGGAUGGAAAGGCUAGACUGCUUGCUUUGGCUCUUGUGAUGUAAAUGUAGUUAGCACACCCACAGAAAGGACAAAAGGCUUGACCGAGCUCCUACUCCUCCUGCUCCCUCUACUGCCUCCACCCUGCAUGACCUGCACCCUGCCCUGCACGCACUUUGUCCUUGUGUCUGAUUGGCUGGCUCCCGAUGACCCUCUACAGAUCUUCCUCCAUCACCCUCUCACUCUGACUGGAAGCACUCCUCCGUCUGCAUCCCACCAUUCAUCCUGCCAUCACCACUCACGCAACCAAGCACUGUGGAAGAAAGAUUUCUGCGCUCUCUGGGUCUUUACUCAUCUCUUCCUCAGUCAAAUUAUCUCAAUAAAACAUCUUAUGGGCCCCAUGUAUAUCCAUAUUCACCAGGUUGAUUUACCACAGAUUGCUGAUGUUUGCAAAUUUUUACGUUCUAUUAUGAUGCAUCAAUUCUGAUGUAAUCAAAUCCCGGAUUGAAUUAUGACUUGAGCUGUAAAAAAUAAACAUAAUCGGUUUCUUCCGAAUUCACAAACCUAGUUUUACUUGCUUCGUAUAAGCAUUUAUGGAUGUUGGUUAGAUCUGUUGUAUUUGAUCAAGGUAAGAUGUUACAGUAUUUUGAUAUACUUUGAAGUUACUUUGCCAUUUUCCCACAAUCAUGUUACAUCCAUCACCAACCAUUUAUAUUAAAUGUGAAUAACUGCAUGUUAGACAAGGCUGGAACAUCUACACGUACUUUACCAUCCAAUUCAACAGAUCUAUUGACACAGUAAAGUAAACGUAGCAGUGCUAUGUUGUUCAUAACCGCCUGUAUACUUUUUCUGAGACAUUUACGCCAUCUACAGUAUAUUUUGUCCAGGUUGUAAAUCCACUGUAAUUCAAUCUCCUGCUGUACUGUCAGACUGUAUCCCAUGAUUGAUUAAUGGGUCACAACUGUCGAAGUCACUCAAUUCAUAAUGAGCAAUGUGAAUCAGGACCUGCUUUCUCUCUCUCUUUCUACUAACCACAUCUCACUCUCUCUACCAACCACAUAUCUCUCUCUAACACAUCUCUCCACCACAUCAACUUUAGUGCUAAGAAAUAUACAUUGGCAAUCUCAGAGCCAAUAGUCAGUAUAUUGCAGUACUAUACUGUAUUAAUUUGUGUUCACAUCGGUAUAGAUGGGACACUGCAGAACCAGGCGUGCUUCUCAUCGUGUGUGCUCUAAACACUAUUAUGAACUGGGUGGUUUGAGCCCUGAAUGAUGAUUGGUUGACACCCAUGGUAUAUGGGGCGGCAGGUAGCUUAGUGGUUAAGAGCGUUGUGCCAGUAAUCGAAAGGUCGCUGGUUCUAAUCCCCGAGCCGACUAGGUGAAAAAUCUGUCGAUGUGCCCUUGAGCAAGGCACUUAACCCUAAUUGCUCCUGUAAGUCGCUCUGGAUAAGAGCGUCUACUAAAUGACUAAAAUGUAAAAUGUAUAUCCGACCGUAUACCACAGGUAUGACAAAACAAUUUUUACUGCUAUGGCUAAGGGCUGUAUCCAGUGCGUCAAGCGUAAGAACAGCCCUUAGCCGUGGUAUAUUGGCCAUAUACCACACCCCCUCGGCCCUAAUUGCUUAAAUAUACCAGAUUUCAUAAUCCCACUGUCUAAAAUGUGCAUGAUGUGUCUGUUGCUGUGUGAAAUUGACCUGUGAAUGCUGUACUCCUGUCACUUGCAGACAUGCUUUACAGCUGUACAGGGAUUUCAGCCACUCAAUUGCCCCCCUAUCACUGAUCUGGAGCUAAUACAUGUGAUGUAUGUUCAUGUUAAACAUUUAUAAUAGGAAAUUGCAACCGUUCGCUUUUGGAACAGACAAAAAGCUCUAUUGAAAUGCAUAGAAUGGUGCAGCUUACCAUAAACAAUGGAUGUCAAGGGGAUCAGUAUGCUGCUGCUGCUGCAGUGAAAUGGCUUAAUACAGGACAGUUCAGAACCUGCUGAGGUCCUGUAAGUGUGUGUCAAGAUGGGGGAGGUUGAGUGCAGUGGCCACCAUCGGGGGGGAAUGUAGAAUAUGCUGCGUCUGAGGUGUUCUGACGGGUUUGUGUGUGUGUGUUUCUAUGUGGUGUGAAGCAGCAGUACCAUACUGAGGAGGACAUGAUUGAGUGGGCGAAGAGGGAGAGUGAGCGGGAGGAGAAAGAGCGCCUGACCAGACAGGCACAACAGGAGCAAGAGGAUCUGGAGCUGGCCAUUGCCCUGAGCAAGUCAGAGUUCUCCUGAAAGACUCCCGGUCGCCCUGUGUGACCUAUCACUAACCAAAGGAAGGAGGGAGGGGUGGGAGAACUGAACUAAACGGCCUACUCGGACCCAAUGAAGAGAUGUUGAGUAUUGGCUCCUCCCACCCAUUAACCCCCUAAUUUUCUCCUAACCUCUCAUUUUGUUUCGCUCAUUAUUGGCAUUUUCAGUUUGUUUUCAUUGGUGUUUGGCCAAGUGGUGGGUAUAGAACUGUGAUAUUCUCUGUUAGACUUCAAUAGCCCUCGUACAGUAAAUAUACAUGGAGAUUGUUAAGUAUAUCUAUACAGACCUAAUUGUUAAUAACUAACUGCAAAAGUUCUGCCCCUGUUUGCAAUGCUCUUGUCUAGAAGCCUGCUCAGACCCAGACCACCAGAUAGUAUUGAGCACUUAUGGUAACCAUUUCUCCCUGAGAUUGAAUGCAAGAGUGUUGAGCUUUAAAGUUAUGAACUACAAAAAUGGCUAACACAACAUGCCUUUUUUUCCUGUCUUCCCACUUGUUUUUUCUUUUUGAAAAUAUGAAUUUUAUGAUAUGAUUAACUCUAACAAGAUACUAAGAGUAAUGUUCAUCUAAUUAAUCUGGGUGUAAACCAAUGUCAAAUUGUAAUCCAUAUGUGAUUCAUUUGGCUAUACACCAGACAUGUACAAUAUGUGGUGAAUUAGAUUUCAUGUCUGAGUUGAGGAUUUGCUCGUGCUUGUGUAAAAACAGUUAUUCUUAGAGAUGACCUGACAUAUGUCCUUACGUGAGUAGCCAUUUUAUGUAUAGAGUAGCGGAAGUCAAACAGUGCAGAGGGUAGAAAGGGAAAAGAGGAGAUCCCGCUUCAGAUAAACACUGUUAAUCCAUGCAUUAGGUCAUGGUGGUUGUCAUGACUACUUUGACUACACUUAACUUGAUUUGAAUUUGUGCGUAUAUUUCUAAUCACCAUACUAUAGGUUGUUCACCUUUUUCUCAACUCUUCCUCUCUUCAACGUGCCCUUAAAUUCAUCUUUAUAUCCCAAACACCAGGCAGUGAACAA